UUUAUUUUUUACCAGCGAAACUUGUUCAUAUAUAAUCGCACAAUACCUAUGAAUUAACUUUUCAUUAUUCAAUAGCUCAAUAGCUCACUUUGAAUCAUGUCGCUCCCUGAGCGGCCGGGGCCGGCGAGUCCCUCGUAUGAGCAUCGGAGUUCCUAUCGGCAAUCGUCAAGACGCGCUCGUCCUUCCGACAUCGAAACCGGGUACUAUCCUGUCCCCGGACGAGGACAGUCCUCUCACCAACGUGCGCCAUCAGGAAACUCUUUCGCUGAGACAAUUCAGAAUCCUAACGGAACCACAGACAGAUCACCGCUUUCGCCAACUUCUCCAGAUCACGUCCCCAGCGGUGUGCCGACCCGCAAGAGGAGCCUUAUAAGACCCGAAAGAAACAGAAUCGACAGGGACCAUCCGAACUACUACUAUCGACAGCAUGCUGCGAAUAUGGAUACGCACCCUUCUUCCACUGGACACGACCCUCUCUACGAGGAUCUAGAAGAUAGGACGGAUAUAUCUGGCGACCGGACUAUUGAUGCCACUUCGGACAGUUCCCCUCCCAGACGAAAACCUAGUGGAGAAAGCGAAAAACAUAAGCCCCGAGUAUCACAACGAAAACGGCAUUCGUCAGGACACAAAAUUUCCAAACCUUCUAAGGACAACAAACGUCGAAAAUCGCAAGAGACUGUUAGCCCUCCGAGUGUUUGGAACGUUUAUUGCGCUAUUGUUACCUUUUGGUGUCCGGACUUUAUCUUGGGAUGUUGCGGGUUUACCGCGAAGGCGCAGAAAAGAGCUUGGAGGGAAAAGAUGGGCCUCAUUAGUCUUAUUCUGUACAUGAUGGCUUUCGUUGGUUACUUGACUUUCGGCUUCCAGCAAACCGUCUGCGCCACGCCCGGUGUACGUCUUCAUAUCAACGAUGUUUCUACCGAGUACAUGAUAUUCCACGGUGUCGCCUAUAAUCUAUCGGGGUCUGGUCAUCCACCUGCAGAUGGUAUUCCACUUCGCCAGGAUGGUUCAUUUCCCAACGUUUUAUGGGAUUUGCCUACCAAAUAUGGCGCCAUGGAUGGCAGCUUUCUCUUCCAGAACGUUAACGGUAAAUGCAAGGGCCUUAUUACAUUGGCAGACAACUCGGACGUUCCACAUGACAAUAACGAUCCGGACGAGCUUGCUUGGUACUUCCCGUGUACGGCCAUUAACCAGGAUGGAUCCUCGAAGCCUAAUUUUACCCGGCCGUACGACAACCCCGGUUACGCAUGCCAUACCACCGCGAAAGCCAGAGACACGUUCUAUCUUCAGCUUCGCAGCACCGGUGACGUAUUCUUUACUUGGGACGAUAUAAAGAACAGCUCGCGCAACUUGGUUGUUUACUCCGGUAACGUCCUGGACCUAGACCUUCUCAACUGGUUUAAUGAAGAUGAAGUCAAGAUUCCGGACCGGUUUAAGGAGUUGCGCGACAAGAACUCGGCUGCCAAUAAAGCAAUUCGUGGGCGCGAUAUCACCCGAGCAUUCCAGAGACCCGCCGACAAACAGGUAGCUGGUUGUCUUGAAGAGAUUGUAAAGGUCGGGUCUGUGGAUACAGAUACAGUUGGAUGCAUCGCGUCCCAGGUUGUCCUUUACGUGUCUCUAAUUUUGAUUUUGUCCGUCGUUAUAACAAGGUUCUGUCUAGCGUUGAUAUUCCAGUGGUUUAUCAGUCGCAAGUACGCUGCUGCUAAAACCUCGCAAACCGCCGAUAAGAAAAAGCGGAAUCGACAAAUCGAGGAUUGGACUGAGGAUAUCUACCGAGCACCCCCACGCAUGCCCGGUGAUGUGGGUAGUAGCUAUAUGGGGUCUGACAGAACUAGUAAACGGGCCAGCACUUUCCUACCGACGACAUCUCGAUUCUCGGCCGUUUACGGUAGUGACAGGAAUCCGAGAAGGCCACAACCGACCACUAUGGCAAGCCAAGCGUCAACUGGUCCUCUACUCCACCCUAAUUCUAUGUACAAACAAGGCAACGAUAGUAGAACAAGCAUGCUCCGUUCUGACCCCUACGGCAGUACAGCUAGCCCAAUGGAUGGUUACGGUCCUGCUGGUUUCAUACACGAAGCGGUUGUGCCUCAGCCGCCUUCCGAUUACCAGCCAUUUGGCUUCCCCUUGAUCCACUCCAUCUGCCUUGUUACGGCCUAUUCCGAGGGCGAAAUGGGUAUCAGGACUACGCUAGACUCAAUUGCCAUGACGGAUUAUCCAAACAGCCACAAAGUUAUCCUCGUUAUUUGCGACGGUAUGAUCAAGGGUAAAGGCGAGAGUAUGACGACACCCGAGUUUGUCCUUGGCAUGAUGAAGGACCACACUGUACCCGUCGAGGAAGUCCAGGGGUUCUCGUACGUAGCCGUGGCUAGUGGUUCUAAGCGGCACAACAUGGCCAAGGUCUACGCUGGGUUCUACGACUACGGUGCUAACUCCGCCAUUCCGGUAGACAAACAGCAAAGGGUUCCCAUGAUGCUAGUGGUAAAGUGCGGUACACCUGACGAGGCAACCAAUGCCAAACCCGGUAACCGAGGCAAGCGUGACAGUCAAAUUAUUUUGAUGUCGUUCUUACAGAAGGUUAUGUUCGACGAGCGCAUGACGGAACUCGAAUUCGAGAUGUUCAAUGGACUUUGGAAAGUAACGGGUAUUUCCCCAGAUUAUUACGAAGCGGUACUCAUGGUGGAUGCAGAUACCAAGGUGUUUCCUGACAGUCUCACUCAUAUGCUCUGUGCCAUGGUUCGCGAUCCGGAUAUCAUGGGACUCUGCGGCGAGACCAAGAUUGCCAACAAGAGACAAAGUUGGGUAUCUGCCAUUCAAGUCUUCGAAUACUUCAUCUCCCAUCACCUGUCCAAGUCCUUCGAGUCCGUCUUCGGUGGUGUUACCUGUCUUCCCGGUUGUUUCUGCAUGUAUCGUAUCAAGGCCCCCAAGGGCGCGCAGAAUUAUUGGGUUCCCAUCCUCGCUAAUCCAGACGUCGUCGAGCACUAUUCGGAAAACGUCGUUGAUACCCUGCACCGAAAGAAUCUCUUGCUUCUUGGAGAGGAUCGAUACUUGACUACUCUCAUGCUUCGAACUUUCCCCAAGCGUAAGCAAGUCUUCGUCCCUCAGGCCGUCUGCAAAACCACCGUUCCCGACGAAUUCUUCGUUUUACUAUCGCAAAGACGAAGAUGGAUUAACUCCACGAUCCACAACUUGAUGGAACUGGUCCUCGUUAAGGAUCUCUGUGGCACAUUCUGCUUCAGUAUGCAAUUUGUCGUUUUCAUUGAGUUGGUGGGCACUUUGGUGCUUCCGGCCGCUAUCGCUUUCACCUUCUAUGUCGUUAUUUCCUCUAUUAUUGGCCCAGUACAAGUCAUCCCACUAAUACUUCUUGGUUUGAUUCUUGGUCUUCCGGCCGCUCUCAUCGUCGUUACAGCCCAUUCGUGGUCAUACGUUGUAUGGAUGAUUAUCUAUCUCUUAUCACUACCAAUUUGGAACUUCGUACUCCCAACCUACGCGUUUUGGAAGUUUGACGACUUUUCAUGGGGUGAUACUCGAAAGACUGCGGGAGAGAAAACAAAGAAGGCCGGUAUCGAAUACGAAGGCGAAUUUGAUAGCAGCAAGAUUACUAUGAAACGGUGGGCCGAGUUCGAGCGGGAACGACGACUCAGGGACAAUUACUGGGGUUCGAGGGAGAACGUAGCCGGCGGUGCUUGGCCUCCUUCGGGCCCUAACGCACCGUACCACCACCCUUAUGACGACCAGUACUAUUCAGACGCAUGAGCAAGGGGGCGGGGCAGAGUCACGUAUUGAGUGUUACGAAGUUAUUCAUUUACUAUAUAUUAGGUAGGAAUGGGUGUCGUUAUGGGAAGACUCGGGUAGCGGUCGUCUUUCUGAAGUUGUAGAUCCUAUAAAGCAAGAUUCAAGAACAUGGAUUGAGAUAUAUGUAUAGAGAACCCGAGGAGAGCUUUAAGGCAUGCGUUAGCUUUUUUUUUGUACAUAAACGUAGCUCGCUAGGUUUCCAUGCCGCAAAACUAAUAUGACAGUAUACUUCAUAAUCAUACUUUAGGCCCUUUAGCAAGAAUGCUCUUUUUUGUUGUUUCCGUUUCUUUCGGUAUAUGUACACGUCUGACGAUCUCUGACUAGGUAGGUAUAUCCUACGCUACGAUCCCAUAGGCAAAUCGCUGUCGCACAGGGCGAUUACGGUAGUAACUAGUUCUGGGACCGGAAGCUAAGCUCGUAUCACGGUUAGGCAGCUAGAGGAGGAGGAGGAUCUUCGUUCGAUGCUUGGUCUAGAGCUGUGCGAGAAGAUCUCACGCGCGCGUGUUACGGCGUGGAAAUCGUCAUGUAACAAGGCU